GGUUCUCAGGAGAGCCUCACUUCAGAGAAACAUGGAACUGAGCAGCCAGGAGAGGAGAGGCUUGGUGGGUUGCAGCCAGGAGAGGAGAGGCUUGGUGGGGUACAACUAGGAGAGGAGAGGAGAGGCUUGGUGGGUUGCAGCCAGGAUAGGAGAGGCUUGGUGGGGUACAACUAGGAGAGGAGAGGCUUGGUGGGGUACAACUAGGAGAGGAGAGGCUUGGUGGGGUGCAGCCAGGAGAGGAGAGGCUGGGUGGGGUGCAGCCAGGAGAAGAGAGGCUUGGUGUAGUGUGCUUUGAGGAGCUAGGUUCAGGGGCGUGUGUGUGGCAUGGGCUUAAUAAGUGAUAUUAGAGACCGUCAAGCCUCAGGCAUGGAGGGGAUAUUUGAGUCUGUUUGUGUAGAGUUCAGAAUUAUGCAGGGAAAUGGAGCUAAUGUCCCUAUUCUGAACCUCUUGUUUGUCACCUCCUUGGGAUGUAGGGGCCAGUAUGAAAAAUGUAUGCACUCACUAACUGUAAGUCGCUCUGGAUAAGAGCAUCUGCUAAAUGACUAAAAUGUGAAUGUAAAAUGUACUUGAUGAGGUAGGCAGUAGCCAGGGUGCAGCAGAGGAAAUGAGCAAGGCCAGCUUUUUAAGCCCAGUCACACUCCACUGCCCUCCCUCUCUCCUCUCAUCCCUCUGGGCUUGGUGUCAGUUUUGCAGACAGGUCAGGGUUUUCAGCUCUCUGCUGCCAUGGAAAGUUUCCCUCCCUCCCUGCCUGUGAGUGCAGCCUGCCUGCCUGCCAUGGGUGUUGUGAAUGUCAUGCAGUGCCCAGUCAGUGCUCUCUAUGGAGGAUAUACCCUACUUUCCACCUCUUUGUUUUCUGUUUCCCUAAUCUCUCUCUAUUACCCAUUUCAGACAAGAUGUGGUAGCAUAUAUUACCUGCAAAAAUCUAAGGCAAUGUUUAUAAACUCAGCAAAAAAAAGACACAUCCCUUUUUCAGGACCCUGUCUUUCAAAGAUAAUUCGUAAAAAUCCAAAUAACUUCACAGAUAAAGGGUUUAAACACUGUUUCCCAUGCUUGUUCAAUUAACCAUAAACAAUUAAUGAACAUGCACCUGUGGAACGGUCGUUAAGACACUAACAGCUUACAGACGGUAGGACAAUAAAGGUCACAGUUAUGAAAACUUAGGACACUAAAGAGGCCUUUCUACUGACUCUGAAAAAGACCAAAAGAAAGAUGCCCAGGGUGUGUGAACGUGCCUUAGGCAUGCUACAAGGAGGCAUGAGGACUGCAGAUGUGGCCAGGGCAAUAAAUUGCAAUGUUUGUACUGUGAGACUCCUAAGACAGCGCUACAGGGAGACAGGACGGACAGCUGAUCGUCCUCGCAGUGGCAGACCACGUGUAACAACACCUGCACAGGAUCGGUACAUCCGAACAUCACACCUGCGGGACAGGUACAGGAUGGCAACAACAACUGCCCGAGUUACACCAGGAACGCACAAUCCCUCCAUCAGUGCUCAGACUGUCCGCAAUAGGCUGAGAGAGGCCUGACUGAGGGCUUGUAGGCCUGUUGUAAGGCAGGUCCUCACCAGACAUCACCGGCAACAACAUUGCCUAUGGGCACAAACCCACCGUUGCUGGACCAGACAGGACUGGCAAAAAGUGCUCUUCACUGACGAUUCGCGGUUUUGUCUCAUCAGGGGUGAUGGUCGGAUUCGAAGGAAUGAGCGUUACACCGAGGCCUGUACUCUGGAGCGGGAUCGAUUUGGAGGUGGAGGGUCCGUCAUAGUCUGGGGCGGUGUGGCACAGCAUCAUCGGACUGAGCUUGUUGUCAUUGCAGGCAAUCUCAACGCUGUGCGUUACAGGGAAGACAUCCUCCUCCCUCAUGUGGUACCCUUCCUGCAGGCUCAUCCUGACAUGACCAGCCAUACUGCUCGUUCUGUGUGUGAUUUCCUGCAAGACCGGAAUGUCAGUGUUCUGCCAUGGCCAGCGAAGAGCCCGGAUCUCAAUCCCAUUGAGCACGUCUGGGACCUGUUGGAUCGGAGGGUGAGGGCUAGUGCCAUUCCCCCCCAGAAAUGUCCGGGAACUUGCAGGUGCCUUGGUGGAAGAGUGGGGUAACAUCUCACAGCAAGAACUGGCAAAUCUGGUGCAGUCCAUGAGGAGGAGAUGCACUGCAGUACUUAAUGCAGCUGGUGGCCACACCAGAUACUAACUGUUACUUUUGAUUUUGACCCCCCCCCCCCCCCCUCCCCUUUGUUCAGGGACACAUUAUUCAAUUUCUAUUAGUCACAUGUCUGUGGAACUUGUUCAGUUUAUGUCUCAGUUGUUGAAUCUUGUUAUGUUCAUACAAAUAUUUACACAUGUUAAGUUUGCUGAAAAUAAACGUAGUUGACAGUGAGAUGACGUUUCUUUUUUUGCUGAGUUUUAAAUUUUUUACAUCAGUGGGUAGCUGGCAAAUUGGGUGGGGGGGAUGUUAAACAGUGGAAGUGUUAAUGAAUUUAGGCUACCUGCAAGAAAACAGAGAAACAUUCACAUAGACUGAUACCUGUAUUUUGGUUACAGGGUCUGUGAAAAUGCAGGAAUUAAAACUUGGUCUUUAGGUGGCUUUUAAUUUACCAUGUGUUUUACCCCCUAACCCUUUCAGAUAUACCAAAAAGAUGGUAUAAAACAGCAUGCAUGAUACAUUUGUGGGAUUUUUGUCUGUCAAUGAAAGACCAAGACUAAUUUACAUUUAAGUCAUUUAGCAGACGCUCUUAUCCAGGGCGACUUACAAAUUGGUGCAUUCAACUUAGGAUAGCCAGUGGGACAACCACAUCUUGAUCACUGUAAGUACACUUCUUCAAACAAGCAGCUGUGAGCAAAAUCAGUGCAAUCAGGGACAACUACAUCUCGAUCACAAUAAGUACAUUUAUUUAAACAAGUCAGUGCUAGCAGGUGAAAUAAGUCAGGUGUUAGUUUAGACAAAAGACAGUGGUAAUAAAGGGGGGGAUAGAAGGAUUACUAUUAUACUAUUCCAGGUAUUCCUUAAAGAGGUAGGGUUUCGAGUGUCUCCGGAAGGUGGUCAGUGACUCCACUGUCCUGGCAUCGUGGGGGAGCUUGUUCCACCAUUGGGGUGCCAGAGCAGCGAAUAGCUUUGACUGGGCUGAGCGGGAACUGUGCUUCCGUAGAGGUGGGGGGGUUCAGCUUGAGGUGGUGAUCCGACAUCCACACUGAUAUGUCUGCCAGACAUGCAGAGAUGUGAUUCGCCACCUGGUUAUCAGAAGGCGGGAAAGGAGAAAAUUAAUUGUGUCGUCUGCGUAGCAAUGAUAGGAGAGACCAUGUGAGGAUAUGACAGAGCCAAGUGACUUGGUGUAUAGAGAGAAUAGGAGAGGGCCUAGAACUGAGCCCUGGGGGACACCAGUAGUGAGAGCACGUGGUGCGGAGACAGAUUCUCGCCACGCCACCUGGUAAGAGCGACCUGUCAGGUAGGACGCAAUCCAUGAGUGAGCAGCGCCGGAGAUGCCCAACUCGGAGAGGGUGGAGAGGAGGAUCUGAUGGUUCACAGUAUCAAAGGCAGCAGAUAGGUCUAGAAGGAUAAGCGCAGAGGAGAGAGAGUUAGCUUUGGCAGUGCGGAGAGCCUCCGUGACACAGAGAAGAGCAGUCUCAGUUGAAUGACCAGUCUUGAAACCUGACUGGUUAGGAUCAAGAAGGUAAUUCUGAGAGAGCAGGAGAAUUGGCUAGAGACGGCACGCUCAAGAGUUUUGGAGAGAAAAGAAAGAAGGGAUACUGGUCUGUAGUUGUUGACAUCGGAGGGACCGAGUGUAGGUUUUUUGAGGAGGGGUGCAACUCUUGCUCUCUUGAAGACGGAAGGGACAUAGCCAGCGGUCAAGGAUGAGUUGAUGAGCGAGGUGAGGUAAGGAAGAAGGUCUCUGGAAAUGGUCUGGAGAAGAGAGGAGGGGAUAGGGUCAAGCGGGCAGGUUGUUGGGCGGCCGGCCGUUACAAGUCGCAAGAUGUCAUCUGGAGAGAGAGGGGAGAAGGAAGUCAAAGCAUAGGGUAGGGCAGUGUGAGCAGGACGAGCGGUAUCAUUUGACUUAAUAAAUGAGGAUCGGAUGUCGUCAACCUUCUUUUCAAAAUGGUUGACGAAGUCAUCCACAGAGAGGGAGGAGGGAGGGGGAGGAGGAUUCAGCAGGGAGGAGAAGGUGGCAAAGAGCUUCCUAGGGUUAGAGGCAGAGGCUUGAAAUUUAGAGUGGUAGAAAGUGGCUUUAGCAGCAGAAACAGAGGAAGAAAAAGUAGAGAGGAGAGAGUGAAAAGAUGACAGCCCGGAGCCCUGUUCUGUGCGCUCGCAAUGAGUCGUCAAGCCACGGAGCAGGAUGGGAGGACCGAGCCGGCCGGGAGGAUAGGUGACAUAGAGAGUCAAAAGAUGCAGAAAGGGAGGAGAGGAGGGUCGAGGAGGCAGAAUCAGGAGACCGGAGGGAGAAGGAUUUAGCAGAGGGAAGAGAUGAUAGGAUGGAAGAGGAGAGAGAGAGCGAAGGUUGCGACGGCGCAUUACCAUCUAAGUAGUGUUGGAGGAGAGCGAGAGAGAAAAGUAUACAAAGUAGUGGUCGGAGACUUGGAGGGGAGUUGCAGUGAGAUUAGUAGAAGAACAGCAUCUAGUAAAGAUGAGGUCAAGCGUAUUGCCUGCCUUGUGAGUAGAGGGGGACGGUGAGAGGGUGAGGUCAAAAGAGGAAAGGAGUGGAAAGAAGGAGGCAGAGAGAAAUGAGUCAAAGGCAGACGUCGGCAGGUUAAAGUCACCCAGAACUGUGAGGGGUGAGCCAUCCUCAGGAAAGGAACUUAUCAAGGCGUCAAGCUCAUUGAUGAACUCUCCAAGGGAACAGAAUCAAGCAGGAUCCUUGACUCCCGCCUUGAUCAGCCAUUUUCUAUGUUUUAUUUAACUCAUGCAAAGAAAGAGAACCCUGAGUUAUGUUAAUCUAGUGUGUUGUGAUGGCAUUGUAUGCUGUUUUUUAACUUGUGUGGGUCUUUGUUCCAUUCCUAUGGUCAGGCAGCAAGUAGGCUAUUUUGGUAUGAGUGUGUUCUAUGGAGAUCCAUGUCGUGGCUCUACGUGGGCAGGGAAGUGUUAAAGGCCCUCUAUAAGCCGCAUGGUGACAUGUAAUACCAUUACCUUCUUACAGGAUCCCUGUUCCUGCUUUAAUAAGCUGCUUGCUUGAAUAUUGCACUCAGAGCUCACCUUACAGGGCUUAAAUGUCCCUCUGCGUUUCCACUGGCCUUGGCUCCCUCACUGCUGCUAUGCUAGCUGGAGCUAGGCUGGUAUGUAAGCUGCAAGGCUAUUGUCCCUGUGUUUUGUUGCCCGUCUCUCUCUCUGUCUGUAUGUGGAGUGUUGGCGUGAACCCCAGUCAUUCUGGACCUGAGCCAGUUCGGAGGCAUGGCCCCAGACUUUUACAAGCGAACAGGAUUCUGUUAGGCCUAUGUCAGGCUUUCCAUUCUGGGCUUGUUGUUGUAUGGGCCUGGUAGAUAUGGCCUGGUAGAUAUGGCAACCUCCCCCUGUUCAAUUUACUAGUCACUAAUGGCUCGUACAAUGCAAUCAGCAUUGCGAAGGCUUGUGUGGAGUUUGUGCACAACCCCCCACCCCUUACAUGUUCCGCCCCUCCCUCUUGGAAAACUAGGUUUUUAUCUCAAGAGACAAACCUGGUUAAAUCACGUUAGUUUAUGUGUGUGAGAGGAAGCAAACAACCCCCCGCUGGCUAAGCCUGAGCCUCAGAGGAAUGGGAGGGGUACCAUGCUUUAUUAUUUGGCGUGUGUGUGCCAAUCACUAUGGGCUUUGUGUCGAAAAUCGAGUAUGCUUUAAAUGUCCGGAUGUCAUACUCAUUUCGGCUUUGACAACAGCUGAUCAAUUAGAUAAGGGGAUGCGCUACCAAAAUCAACGAAUAGCGGGAAACAAUGCAAUCACACAACUCAUUCUCAGUAUGCGAAAAUCAAAUGUUUAAUAGUAUGCGGCACUUCGAAAAUCGAGUAUGGUUUAAAUACCAGGAUGUUAUACUCAUUUCGGCUUUCCAUCUAGUAGAAUUCGAUGCACACUUCCACAAUGCAUUGGAAGAGGUGGUCUGCGAGUGAUGGGCCCUAGCUCUCUUCAAGUAGCCAAACAACAAAACUAGGCUACUUAAUUGGGAAAAUGCCGAAUAGCAAACCUGCGGUGGUUUUCAAAUGUAGGCUAGAGACGGGAUCUGUAGCCCUCAGAUUCAAUAGUGUGCAACUGCAGCCUACAAUUCGGGGCGUUCCUGCAUAUGGGCAUUACAUUGGUUCUUUCAUGAACACCGCCCCCUCGAGCACCCCAUUGGUUGCUACAUGAACGCACCCUUUCGAGCAUGACAUCUUCAUGCUUGUGUGACACUUUUGAAUGUGGGUCAAAAGGGAAAUAAAAAUAUUGAGUUUUUUCGCCCCCGCCUGCUGUGGACUGGAAUCUUCUUUGCUAGCUAGAGGGAGUGACACCAGUAGACAAUGUCCUUUGCUCCCGCCUGCCGAACACAGUCGUUAACAGAACUGCGGGGAAACAGUGCCCGACAGGCAGAAGGACACUGUCUACCGGUCACCCCCGCCUCUCGCUAGUCUGGGAGGCUGGAGCGACACCGUCUGCUAGCGAAAUAGCUUGCUAACUUAAUAGCACACGGUGUCACCCCCACCUGCUGUGUACCUGAAAAAAACAUGCCCGACAGGUGGGGGCAAAGGAGACUGUCUACCUGUCGCCCCCACCUCCCGCUAGCACAGCAUGCGGGAGGCUGGGGCGACACUGUGUGCUAACUAGCUGGCUAAGCUAGCACAGAGUGUCCUUCGCUCCCGACUGCCGAACACUUGCCCUCACCGUCGUUAACAGAACUGCGGGAAAACAGUGUGACAGGUGGGGAUGAAGGACACUACCGGUGUGUACUAGCUAUAGCUAGCUACUGUUGUCGUCCCCACCUCUUCUUCUUCUGUAGGGUUUAUUGGCGGUUGGCAUCCAACGUUAUGGUGCAUUACCGCCAUCUACUGUACUGGAGCGCCCCUGCCUCCCGCCUAUGUACUGGAGUCAUAGCUUAAAAAUAUACCAAUAGAAGUAUAUAGAGGGGUUCCUGCGGAUGCCCACAUGCAGGAACGCCCCGAAUUGCGGGCUGCAGUUGCACCCUUCUCCUCAGAUUGCGUCUCUGACCCACUCACAUUAAAAUGAGCGUUGGUGACGGCCGCGCGCCCUGAGUAGGUAACGAUAGGGGGAUUUUGUCUCCGAUUUCAAAAACUUGUCUGGGAAUGGGACAGCUAAAAUCGUGUAGUGUACACCCGGCUUAGUAGUUUUUGUUCUCCUUAAAAUGAUCACGAGUAUUGCAAAAGUGUUUCUUGUUCACUUGGCCUUCGUCAGAGCUUUAAGAAACUAAAUUAACCAUCUUUUGAUUUCUGAAUGUGUCAGCACAGGGGACUCGGGAUGUGGCUACGUUAUUGAUGUCAUAUUAAUCAGGCCUUUUGAUUUGAACAUAUGGAUUGUUUUAGUUUUGUAGGCUACCUAUUUAAUUUAUGGAUCAAGCCUUAGCAGUCAUUCUGAUCUCGUUCCCAAUUAUCAGUGCUUUAGUUUAUUAUGUUACUUUCCAUCGGUCCUGAAUUUACGAUGCACCCGACUGUCCACGUUUUUCUGUGCAAUAGCCUUUUGAUUUUAACAUUUUGUAAAGCUUUGGUGUGUAUUCUAGGCUGUUUGAUUUAAUUUCUAUAUGUUACAGCACUAAUAAAUAUGUUGAAAUGGAACCACAUGACCUGUUUCUGAUAGAUGGGCUAUAUGGUCUACUACAGUAUACAGUCCAUUCAGAAAGUAUUCAGACCCCUUGACUGUUUCCACAUUUUAUUACGUUACAGCCUUAUUCUAAAAUUGAUUAAAUAGUUUUCCCCCCUCAUCAAUCUACACACAAUACCCCAUAAUGACAAAUUAUCAUUUAUAAAAAACAGAAAUAUCACAUUUACUUAAGUAUUCAGACUUACUCAGUACUUUGUUGAAGCACCUUUGCGAUUACAGCCUCGAGUCUUCUUGGGUAGGACGCUACAAGCUUGGGAUACCUGUAUUGGAGAGUUUCUCCCAUUCUUCUCUGCAGAUCCUCUCAAGCUCUGUAAAGUUGGAUGGGGAGCGUUGCUGCACAGCUAUUUUCAGGUCUUUCCAGAGAUGUUCGAUCGGGUUCAAGUCCAGGCUCUGGCUGGGCCACUCAAGGACAUUCAGAGACUUGUCCCGAAGCCACUCCUGCAUUGUCUUGGCUGUGUGCUUAGGGUCAUUGUCCUGUUGGAAGGUGAACCUUCGCACCAGUCUGAGGUCCUGAGCGCUCUGGAGCAGGUUUUCAUCAAGGAUCUCUCCGUAAUUUUGCCCCGUUCAUAUUUCCCUCAAUCCUGACUAGUCUCCCAGUCCCUGCAGCUGAAAAAAAUCCCCACAGCAUGAUGCUGCCACCACCAUGCUUCACCGUAGGGAUGGUGCCAGGUUUCCUCAAGACGUGAUGCUUGGCAUUCAGGCCAAAGAGUUCAAUCUUGGUUUCAUCAGACCAGAGAAUCUUGUUUCUCAUGGUCUGAGAGUCCUUUAUGUGGCUUUUGGAAAACUCCAAGCGGGCUGUCAUGUGCCUUUUACUGAGGAGUGGCUUCCGUCUGGCCACUCUACCAUAAAGGCCUGAUUGGUGGAGGGCUGCAGAGAUGGUUGUCCUUCUGGAAGGUUCUCCCUUCUCCACAGAGGAACUCUGGAGCUCUGUCAGAGUGACCACCGGGUUCUGACCAAGGCCCUUCUCCCCCGAUUGCUCAGUUUGGCCGGAAAACCAGCUCUAGGAAGAAUCUGGCUGGUUCCAAACUUCUUCCAUUUAAGAAUGAUGGAGGCCACUGUGUUCUUGGGGACCUUCAAUGCUGCAGAAAUGUUUUGGUAACCUUCCCUAGAUCUGUGCCUAGACACAAUCCUGUCUCAGAGCUCUACGAACAAUUCCUUCGACCUCAUGGCUUGGUUUUUGCUCUGACAUGCACUGUCAACUGUGGGACCUUAUAUAAACAGGUGUGUGCCUUAUCCAAAUCAUGUCCAAUCAAGUUGUAGACUUGAUUGGUGGACUCCAAUCAAGUUGUAGAAACAUCUCAAGGAUGAUCAAUGGAAACAGGAUGCACCUGAGCUCAAUUUUGAGUCUCAUAGUGAAGGGUCUGAAUACUAAUGUAAAAAAGGUAUUUAUGCAACAACAACAAAAAAUAUAUGAUUUGAAAAAAGUUCUAAAAACCUCUUCUCGCUUUGUCAUUAUGGGCUUUUGUGUGUAGAAUGCUGAGAUUUUUAUUUAUUUAAUCAAUUUUAGAAUAAGGCCGUAACAUAACAAAAUGUGGAAAAAGUCAAGGGGUCUGAAUACUUUCCGAAGGUCUUGGUCAAAAGUUUUGAGAAGUAUUGGUCUUCACAAAGUUUGCUGCUUCAGUGUUAUGAGAUAUUUUGUCAGAUGUUACUAUGGUAUACUGAAGUAUAAUUACAAGCAUUCCAUAAGUGUCAAAGGCUUUUAUUGACAAUUACAUUAAGUUUAUGCAAAGAUUCAAUAUUUGCAGUGUUGACCCUUCUUUUUCAAGACCUCUGCAAUCUGCCCAGGCAUGCUGUCAAUUAACUUAUGGGCCACAUCCUGACUGAUGGCAGCCCAUUCUUUCAUAAUCAAUGCUUGGAGUUUGUCAGAAUUUGUGGGUUUUUGUUUGUCCACCCGCCUCUUGAGGAUCGACCACAAGUUCUCAAUGGGAUUAAGGUCUGGGGAGUUUCCUGGCCAUGGACCCAAAAUGUCGAUGUUUUGUUCCCCGAGCCACUUAGUUAUCACUUUUGCCUCAUGGCAAGGUGCUCCAUCAUGCUGGAAAAGGCGUUGGUCGUCACCAAACUGUUCUUGGAUGGUUGGGAGAAGUUUCUCUCGGAGGAUGCGUUGGUACCAUUCUUUAUUCAAAUCAAAUUAUAUUUGUCACAUACACGUCUUUAGCAGAUGUUAUAGCGGGUGUAGCGAAAUGCUUGUGCUUCUAGCUCCGACAUUGCAGUAAUAUCUAACAAUUUCACAACAUAUACCCAAUACACACAAAACUAGUAAGGAAUGGGUUUUAAGAAUAUAUACAUAUGGCCAAGCAAUGACAGAGCGGCAUGGACUAAGAUACAGUAGAAUAUUAUAGAAUAGAAUGCAGUAUAUACAUAUGAGAUGAGUAGUGCAAGAUAUGUAAACAUUUAUUAAAGUGACUAGUGUUGCAUUUCUUAAGGUGGCCAGUAAUUUCAAUAGGCAGCAGCAGCCUCUAAUGUGCUAGUGAUGGCUAUUUAACAGUCUGAUGGCCUUGAGAUAGAAGCCGUUUUUCAUUCUCUCGGUCCCAGCUUUGAUGCACCUGUACUGACCUCGCCUUCUGGAUGAUAGCGGGGUGAACAGGCAGUGGCUCGGGUGGUUGAUGUCCUUGAUGAUCUUUUUGUCCUUCCUGUGACAUCGGGUAUUGUAUGUGUCUUGGAGGGCGGGUAGUUUGACCCCGGUAAUGCGUUCGGCAGACCGCACCACCCUCUGGAGAGCCCUGCGGUUGUGGGCGGUGCAGUUGCCGUACCAGGCGGUGAUACAGCCCGACAGGAUGCUCUCAAUUGUGAUCUUAGGCAAAAUUGUGAGUGAGCCCACUCCCUUGGCUGAGAAGCAACCCCACACAUGAAUGGUCUCAGGAUGCUUUACUGUUGGCAUGACACAGGACUGAUGGUAGCGCUCACCUUGUCUUCUCUGGACAAGGUGUUUUCCGGAUGCCCCAAACAAUCGGAAAGGGGAUUCAUCAGAGAAAAUGACUUUUCCCCAGUCCUCAGCAUUCUAAUCCCUGUACCUUUUGCUGAAUAUCAGUCUGUCCCUGAUGUUUUUCCUAGAGAGAAGUGGCUUCUUUGCUGCCCUUCUUGACACCAGGCCAUCCUCCAAAAGUCUUCGCCUCACUGUGCGUGCAGAUGCACUCACACCUGCCUGCUGCCAUUCCUGAGCAAGCUCUGCACUGGUGGUGCCCCGAUCCCGCAGCUGAAUCAACUUUAGGAGACGGUCCUGGCGCUUGCUGGACUUUCUUGGGCGCCCUGACGCCUUCUUCACAACAAUUUAACCUCUCCUUGAAGUUCUUGAUGAUCUGAUAAAUGGUUGAUUUAGGUGCAAUUUUACUAGCAGCAAUAUCCUUGCCUGUGAAGCCCUUUUUGUGCAAAGCAAUGAUGACGGCACGUCAUGGUUAACAGAGGAAGAACAAUGAUUUCAAGCACCACCCUCCUUUUAAAGCUUCCAGUCUGUUAUUCUAACUCAAUCAGCAUGACAGAGUGAUCUCCAGCCUUGUCCUCGUCAACACUCUGACCUGUGUUAACGAGAUAAUCACUGACAUGAUGGCAGCUGGUCCUUUUGUGGCAGGGCUGAAACGCAGUGGAAAUGUUUUUUUGGGAUGAAGUUCAUUUUCAUGGUAAAGAGGGACUUUGCAAUUAAUUGCAAUUAAUCUGAUCACUCUUCAUGACAUUCUGGAGUAUAUGCAAAUUUACAUCAUAAACUGAGGCAGCAGACUUUGUGAAAAUUUGUAUUUGUGUGAUUCUCAAAACCUUUGACCAUAACUGUAGGUUGAAUGUGAUAGUCUGCCUAUAACCAGCCCUUUGUAGGCCUAGAAGUCCAUUCCUAUUCUAUUCAGAGUAGAGAAAUGAAUCAAAUUGGAAAUUAGCUAUUAUCAGGCUGGUUAAUACGAUGCAUGUCUGUUGAAUUUGGAAAAAUCCACUCGCACUUGGCCCCGCCCCACCUACUCAGGCCAAUCCUAUAAAUAUCACAUGUUGGUGCUCAUGGAAAUGACCCCUAGCUUCGACUCCAAUGUCUAUGGCAUGACAACGAUAGAGGAGUUGACUAAAGCAUACUGAUCAGGUACCAAGCUAAGACGGGCCUAAAUAAAUAAUUUGACCAGAGGUAUACUCUUACACCUUAUUCAGCUGACCUCUACUUCUUGCAUCACUAAUUGUGCACUUCUUCCUCUUCUUCUCUCAGGCUCGGAUCAAGUUCCCCAUCGACUAUCCCUACUCUCCUCCGGCCUUCCGCUUCCUCACCAAGAUGUGGCACCCCAACAUCUACGAGGUAAGAGAAAGAACAACACUCACCCUAUCUGUCAUUACACAAUCACCUCUUUUUAUGUCUUGUCCCCUACAUAAUAGUCCAACGUCCUUUAGUCUCUGAAUAGCUUUAACUUGUUAUCUUCUAUUAUAAAUACUUUCAGACUCUGUUGCUAUCAUAUACUUUGACGGUGGCCUAGGUAGUGUAUGUAUAGAUCAGGGGUGUCAAACUCAUUUCACUCAUUCCAAUUUGUGUCCAAUUAAGACCUAGACAACCAGGUGAGGGGAGUUCCUUCACCUUCAUUGAUCAAUACAAAUUGCCUGGCUGGGCUGAUGAGACAGUAGGCUUUUGAACGAUUUAGCAGGUGGUAAUUUGUGGAAUAGACACCGGCUGGAAUGCAGUUUUAACCAAUCAGCAUUCAGGAUUACACCCACCAGUUGUAUUAUGUACACUGCUCAAAAAAAUAAAGGGAACACUAAAAUAACACAUCCUAGAUCUGAAUGAAUGAAAUAAUCUUAUUAAAUACUUUUUUCUUUACAUAGUUGAAUGUGCUGACAACAAAAUCACACAAAAAUUAUCAAUGGAAAUCAAAUGUAUCAACCCAUGGAGGUCUGGAUUUGGAGUCACCCUCAAAAUUAAAGUGGAAAACCACACUACAGGCUGAUCCAACUUUGAUGUAAUGUCCUUAAAACAAGUCAAAAUGAGGCUCAGUAGUGUGUGUGGCCUCCAUGUGCCUGUAUGACCUCCCUACAACGCCUGGGCAUGCUCCUGAUGAGGUGGCGGAUGGUCUCCUGAGGGAUCUCCUCCCAGACCUGGACUAAAGCAUCCGCCAACUCCUGGACAGUCUGUGGUGCAACGUGGCGUUGGUGGAUGGAGCGAGACAUGAUGUCCCAGAUGUGCUCAAUUGGAUUCAGGUCUGGGGAACGGGCGGGCCAGUCCAUAGCAUCAAUGCCUUCCUCUUGCAGGAACUGCUGACACACUCCAGCCACAUGAGGUCUAGCAUUGUCUUGCAUUAGGAGGAACCCAGGGCCAACCGCACCAGCAUAUGGUCUCACAAGGGGUCUGAGGAUCUCAUCUCGGUACCUAAUGGCAGUCAGGCUACCUCUGGCGAGCACAUGGAGGGCUGUGCGGCCCCCCAAAGAAAUGCCACCCCACACCAUGACUGACCCACCGCCAAACCGGUCAUGCUGGAGGAUGUUGCAGGCAGCAGAACGUUCUCCACGGCGUCUCCAGACUCUGUCACGUCUGUCACAUGUGCUCAGUGUGAACCUGCUUUCAUCUGUGAAGAGCACAGGGCGCCAGUGGGGUAAUUUGCCAAUCUUGGUGUUCUCUGGCAAAUGCCAAACGUCCUGCACGGUGUUGGGCUGUAAGCACAACCCCCACCUGUGGACGUCAGGCCCUCAUACCACCCUCAUGGAGUCUGUUUCUGACCGUUUGAGCAGACACAUGCACAUUUGUGGCCUGCUGGAGGUCAUUUUGCAGGGCUCUGGCAGUGUUCCUCCUGCUCCUCCUUGCACAAAGGCGGAGGUAGCAGUCCUGCUGCUGGGUUGUUGCCCUCCUACGGCUUCCUCCACGUCUCCUGAUGUACUGGCCUGUCUCCUGGUAGCGCCUCCAUGCUCUGGACACUACGCUGACAGACACAGCAAAUACCUGAGCCACUUGUGUGGGUUGUAGACUCCGUCUCAUGCUACCACUAGAGUGAAAGCACCGCCAGCAUUCAAAAGUGACCAAAACAUCAGCCAGGAAGCAUAGGAACUGAGAAGUGGUCUGUGGUCACCACCUGCAAAACCAGUCCUUUAUUGGGGGUGUCUUGCUAAUUGCCUAUAAUUUCCACCUGUUGUCUAUUCCAUUUGCACAACAGCAUGUGCAAUUUAUUGUCAAUCAGUGUUGCUUCCUAAGUGGACAGUUUGAUUUCACAGAAGUGUGAUUGACCUGGAGUUACAUUGUGUUGUUUAAGUGUUCCCUUUAUUUUUUUGAGCAGUGUAUAACAAUCACACUUAAGACUUUUUAAGGAGGACUUAAAUCAAGAAAAACAACGGGAACAUAGUAGGUGAUUUGUCAAUUAAAUAAUAUGGAUUUCAUAAAACCAACACAAACCCUAUCUUCAACACAAAUAAUGUGCUUCAGAAAUAAAAGUAUAACAAAAUAAUAACCCCCACAAAAACUAUAAUUUAAAUGCAUAAUUUUAGCAAACACACCCAAAUAUUCAAUAACCAUUGCAAUGACCCAAUAACCUUAUUAACGUUUUGUUUUGGUUAAGCUCAAGUUCAGCUAUAAAAGCCUAUUGGGGCUCGCCCAACCAGGAAAUGAUUAAUUUAUGUCUGUUAUUUAUUUUCCCUUUUUGAUACCCCUUAGUUCCUUCAUUUCAGUUAAUAGUCUUUGCGGAUUUAAAUCUUAUUUCCCCCCAGAAAGCAAAAAGAUGAAUGAUCACAAAAACAAUGAGGAAAAAAGGACGGAUAUCACCGGAGUUUAGAAGGCAUGUCCACUCUCAUUAAACUUUCUCCGUGAUCCGUUUACUUAAUCCCAAACAAGGAAAUAAUCAGGAAUGUCAGGAACACGUUCCCAGUGUCAAACAAUACAUCCCAACAAAGGAAGGCACAGACUGUGUUUAGCAGGCUGCAGUUCUCAUCUCGCAAUUUGUAACUGGCGCCUCUGCAAUUUACCCGGUGUCUUCGUCUCCCAGGUAGGCUAUGGAAAAACACACCUCCCCUCUCUGUUGCUCACUUCCUCAUUCAUACAGUGGGGAAAAAAAGUAUUUAGUCAGCCACCAAUUGUGCAAGUUCUCCCACUUAAAAAGAUGAGAGAGGCCUGUAAUUUUCAUCAUAGGUACACGUCAACUAUGACAGACAAAAUGAGAAAAAUAAAUACAGAAAAUCACAUUGUAGGAUUUUUUAUGAAUUUAUUUGCAAAUUAUGGUGGAAAAUAAGUAUUUGGUCAAUAACAAAAGUUUCUCAAUACUUUGUUAUAUACCCUUUGUUGGCAAUGACACAGGUCAAACGUUUUCUGUAAGUCUUCACAAGGUUUUCACACACUGUUGCUGGUAUUUUGGCCCAUUCCUCCAUGCAGAUCUCCUCUAGAGCAGUGAUGUUUUGGGGCUGUCGCUGGGCAACACGGACUUUCAACUCCCUCCAAAGAUUUUCUAUGGGGUUGAGAUCUGGAGACUGGCUAGGCCACUCCAGGACCUUGAAAUGCUUCUUACGAAGCCACUCCUUCGUUGCCCGGGCGGUGUGUUUGGGAUCAUUGUCAUGCUGAAAGACCCAGUCACGUUUCAUCUUCAAUGCCCUUGCUGAUGGAAGGAGGUUUUCACUCAAAAUCUCACGAUACAUGGCCCCAUUCAUUCUUUCCUUUACACGGAUCAGUCGUCCUGGUCCCUUUGCAGAAAAACAGCCCCAAAGCAUGAUGUUUCCACCCCCAUGCUUCACAGUAGGUAUGGUGUUCUUUGGGUGCAACUCAGAAUUCUUUGUCCUCCAAACACGACGAGUUGAGUUUUUACCAAAAAGUUCUAUUUUGGUUUCAUCUGACCAUAUGACGUUCUCCCAAUCCUCUUCUGGAUCAUCCAAAUGCACUCUAGCAAACUUCAGACGGGCCUGGACAUGUACUGGCUUAAGCAGGGGGACACGUCUGGCACUGCAGGAUUUGAGUCCCUGGCGGCGUAGUGUGUUACUGAUGGUAGGCUUUGUUACUUUGGUCCCAGCUCUCUGCAGGUCAUUCACUAGGUCCCACAGUGUGGUUCUGGGAUUUUUGCUCACCGUUCUUUUGAUCAUUUUGACCCCACGGGGUGAGAUCUUGCGUGGAGCCCCAGAUCGAGGGAGAUUAUCAGUGGUCUUGUAUGUCUUCCAUUUCCUAAUAAUUGUUCCCACAGUUGAUUUCUUCAAACCAAGCUGCUUACCUAUUGCAGAUUCAGUCUUCCCAGCCUGGUGCAGGUCUACAAUUUUGUUUCUGGUGUCCUUUGACAGCUCUUUGGUCUUGGCCAUAGUGGAGUUUGGAGUGUGACUGUUUGAGGUUGUGGACAGGUGUCUUUUAUACUGAUAACAAGUUCAAACAGGUGCCAUUAAUACAGGUAACGAGUGGAGGACAGAGGAGCCUCUUAAAGAAGAAGUUACAGGUCUGUGAGAGCCAGAAAUCUUGCUUGUUUGUAGGUGACCAAAUACUUAUUUUCCACCAUAAUUUGCAAAUAAAUUCAUAAAAAAUCCUACAAUGUGAUUUUCUGGAUUUUUCUUUCUCAAUUUGUCUGUCAUAGUUGACGUGUACCUAUGAUGAAAAUUACAGGCCUCAUCUUUUUAAGUGGGAGAACUUGCACAAUUGGUGGCUGACUAAAUACUUUUUUUCCCCACUGUACCUUUGUCGGCUGCCCUUCUUAAAGCGGUAGCGCUAUUUUUAGGCCACAAUCUCUAUCGUCCAUACAGAAUGGAAUUAUUUUAACAUAUGACAGAGAAUUAUUGCCGGACCGGACCACUUCGGCGCAUGCUUGGACGAGAAAUAGUCAGAUGUUUUAGGAAGUGGAUGUGCCUUACCCAGACCAAAUCUCCCGACAAGAAGUGUGCAUGUUCCCUACAGGCUUGUCUGGCCAGGCAUAUGCCCACUCUCUGUUUGACUUCUUUUGCCAUUGCCUGCUUUCUCUCCAAGAGGUUGUAGGGCGGCUGGUACGGAGAUGGAGCUGUUGAGAUGGUAGGCUGGUACUUCAAGUUCAUUCCCCACUUUGCAGAUCUAGCAUCCCCUCUGAACCGGCUUAAGAGAAAGGAAGUGGUCUGGAAAUGGACUGACGAGUGACAGAACUGUUUUGAGCAGUUGAAGCAGGCUCUUGUUAAUGCACCAGUGUUGGCUCAGCCAGACCUAUUGCAGGCAUUCCAAGUCCAAACGGAUGCCAGUGAGGUAGGUUUGGUGCUGUCCUCACUCAACUGAUGGAAGGUGGAGAAAGAGUCAUUGCAUAUGCCUCACUUGGCAUUAAAGGAGCUGAAUGCAACUACUCAACAUCGGAAAAGGAGUGCCUCACAGUGGUGUGGGCAAUCGAAAAGGGGAGGCAUUAUCUUGAGGGGGUUGAGUUUGAUGUAUUUACUAAUCACUCAGCACUUACACUUUUUUGUCCAUUUAAAAUAACAUACAAUUGAUCAGAAAAACUGUGUAGACAUUGUUCAUGUUGUAAAUGGCUAUUGUAGCUGGAAAUGGCUGAUUUUUAAUGGAAUAUCUACAUAGGCGUACAGAGGCCCAUUAUCAGCAACCAUCAGUCCUGUGUUCCAAUGGCACGUUGUGUUUGCUAAUCCAAGUUUAUCAUUUAAAAAGGCUAAUUGAUCAUUAGAAAACCCUUUUGCAAUUAUGUUAGCACAGCUGAAAACUGUUGUGCUGAUUAAAGAAGCAAUAAAACUGGCCUUCUUGAGACUAGUUGAGUAUCUGGAGCAUCAGCAAUUGUGGGUUCGAUUACAGACUCAAAAUGGCCAGAAACAAAUAACUGUCUUCUGAAACUCGUCAGUCUAUUCUUGUUCUGAGAAAUGAAGUCUAUUCCAUGCGAGAAAUUGCCAAGAAACUGAAGAUCCCGUACAACGCUGUGUACUACUCCCUUCACAGAACAGCGCAAACUGGCUCUAACCAGAAUAGAAAGAGGAGUGGGAGGCCCCGGUGCACAACUGAGCAAGAAGACAAAUACAUUAGUGUCUAGUUUGAGAAACAUACGGCUCACAGGUCCUCAUUAAAUAGUACCCGCAAAACCCCAGUCUCAACGUCAACAUUCUCACACAACUGCUCUCCUGGACAUGUGAUUUUCUGCCACAGGAUUUUCUGCAUCAGGGUGAAAGUACACCCUGUAUCAAGUACCACUUCAUAUUGGAAAUUCCUGACCCCUACAGGCACUAUCAGCAAGGAAAAAUCCUUCUCCUAGUCCUGGGGAGCACAGGGAGGAUGCACACGUUUCACAUCUGCAGGUGGCUUACCAUAGGUCUUUCUUUGUCCUUUCUCAUUCCCAAUUUGGUUCACUUUUAUCCAAUACUCCUUAGUGGAUCAAUAAAUCAAUCAAAUGUAUUUAGAAAGCCCUUUUUACUUCAGCAGGAUGUCACAAAGUGCUAUACAGAAACCCAGCCUAAAACCCCAAACAGCAAGCAAUGCAGAUGUAGAAGCACGGUGGCUAGGAAAAACUCCCUAGAAAGGCAGAAACCUAGGAAGAAACCUAGAGAGGAACCUGGCUCUGAGGGGUGGCCAGUCCCCUUCUGGCUGUGCCAUGUGGAGAUAAUAACAGUACAUGGCCAUUAAGGACAGAUUUUUCUCCAAGAUGUUCAUAGAUGACCAGCAGGGUCAAAUAAUAAUCACAGUGGUUGUAGAGGUUGCAACAGGUCAGUACAUCAGGAGUAAAUGUCACUUGGCUUUUCAUAGCUGGGCAUUUAGAGGUUGAAAUAGCAGGUGCAGUAGAGAGAGAGAGUUGAAAACAGCAGGUCUGGGACAAGGUAGCACGUCCGGUGAACAGGUCAGGGUUCCAUAAACGCAGGAAGAAGAGUUUAAACUGGAGCAGCAGCACGACCAGGUAGACGGAGGACAGCAAGGAGUCAUCAGGCCAGGUAGUCCUGAGGCAUGGUCCUACGGCUCAGGUCCUCUGGGAGGGGAGGGAGAGAGGGAAAAAUUAGAGGGAGCAUACUUAAAUUCACACAGGACACCGGAUAAGACAGGAGAAUAACACCAGUCCGACGUUACCCCCGGACAGGGCCAACCAGGCAGGAUAUAACCCCAUCCACUUUGCCAAAGCACAGCCCCCACACCACCAGAGGGAUAUCAACAGACCACCAACCUACUACCCUGAGACAAGGCUGAGGAUAGCCCACGAAGAUCUCAUCCACUGCACCAGCCCAAGGGGUCGACAAACCGGACAGGAAGAUCACGUCAGUGACUCAACCCUCUCAAGUGACGCACCCCUCCUAGGGACAGCAUGUAAUGCACCAGAAAGCCAGUGACUCAGCCCCCGUAAUAGGGUCAGAGGCAGAGAAUCCCAAUGGAGAGACAGGAACCGGCCAGGCAGAGACAGCAAGGGCAGUUCGUCGCUCCAGUGCCUUUCCGUUCACCUUCGCACCCCUGGGCCAGACAGCUCUCAAUCAUAGGACCUACUGAAGAGAUGAGUCUUCAGUAAAGACUUAAAGGUUGAUACCGAGUCUGCGUCUCUCACAUGGAUAGGCAGACCAUUUCAUAAAAAAUGUAACUCUAUAGGAGAAAGCCCUGCCUCCAGCUGUUUGCUUAGAAAUUCUAGGGACGAUAAGGAGGCCUGCGUCUUGUGACCGUAGCGUACAUGUAGGUAUGUACGGCAGGACCAAAUCGGAGAGAUGGGUAGGAGCAAGCCCAUGUAAUGCUUUGUAGAUUAGCAGUAAAACCUUGAAAUCAGCCCAAGCCUUAACAGGAAGCCAGUGUAGAGAGGCUAGAACUCGAGUAAUAUGAUCACAUUUUGGGGUUCUAGUCAAGAUUCUAGCAGCCGUGUUUAGCACUAACUGAAGUUUAUCUAGUGCUUUAUCCGGGUAGCCGGAGAGUAGAGCAUUGCAGUAGUCUAAUCCAGAAGUGACAAACGCAUGGAUGAGCUUUUCUGCAUCCAUUUUUUUUACAAAACGUUUCAGAUUUUUUCAAUGUUACGAAGAUGGGGAAAAAAGCUGUCCUUUAAAUAUUCUUGAUAUGUUUGUCAAAAUAGAGAUCAGGGUCCAGAGUAACGCAGAGGUCCUUCAGUUUUUUUUAGACGACUGUACAACCAUCAAGGGCAGAUACAACAGAAGAUGUCUUUGUUUCUUGGGACCUAGAACUAGCAUCUCUGUUUUGUCCGAGUUUAAAAGUAAACAUUUUGCCACCAUCCACUUCCUUAUGUCUGAAACACAGGCUUCCAGGGUAGGCCAUUUUGGGGCUUCACCAUGUUUCAUCGAAAUGUACAGCUGUGUGUCGUCCGCAUAGCAGUGAAAGUUAACAUUGUGUUUCCAAAUGACAUCACCAAGAGGUAAAAUAUAUAGUGAAAACAAUAGUGGUCCUAAAACAGAACCUUGGGGAACACCGAAACGUACAAUUGAUUUGUCAGAGGACAAACCAUCCACAGAGACAAACUAAUAUCUUUCCGACAGAUAAGAUCUAAACAAGGCAAGAACUUGUCCGUGUAGACCAAUUAAGGUUUCCAAUCUCUCCAAAAGAAUGUGGUGAUUGAUGGUGUCAAAAGCAGCACUAAGGUCUAGGUGCACGAGGACAGAUGCAGAGCCUUGGUCUGACACCAUUAAAAGGUAAUUUACCACAUUCACGAGUGCAGUCACAGUGCUAUGAUGGUGUCUAAAACCAGACUGAAAUGUUUUGUAUACAUUAUUUGUCUUCAGGAAGGCAGUGAGCUGCUGCACAACAGCUUUUUCUAAACAUUUUGAGAGGAAUGGGUGAUUCGAUAUAGGCUGAAGGUUUGGCUUUUUCAAGAGAGGCUUUAUUACUGCCUCUUUUAGUGAGUUUGGUACACAUCCAGUGGAUAGGGAGCCAUUUAUUAUGUUCAACAUAGGAGGGCCAAGCACAGGAAGUAGCUCUUUCAGUAGUUUAGUUGGAAUAGGGUCCAGUAUUCAGCUUGAAGGUUUAGAGGCCAUGACUAUUUUCAUGAACGUGUCAAGAGAUAUAGGAUUAAAAAACUUGAGUGUCUCCAUUGAUCCUAGGUUCUGGCAGUUUUGUGCAGACUCAGAACAGCUGAGCUUUGGAGAAAUACGCAGAUUCAAAGAGGAGUCCUUAAUUUGCUUUCUAAUGAUCAUGAUCUUUUCGUCGAAGAAGUUAAUGAAUUCAUCACUGCUGAAGUGAAAGGCAUCCUCUCUUGGGGAAUGCUGCUUUUUAGUUAGCUUUGCGACAGUAUCAAAUAUAAAUGUUGGAUUGUUCUUAUUCUCCUCAAUUAGGUUGGAAAAAUAGGAUGAUCUAGCAGCAGCGAGGGCUCUUCGAUAUUUCACUGUACUUUAUUUCCAAGCUAGUAGGAAGACUUCCAGUUUGGUGGAGCGCCAUUUCCGUUCCAAUUUUCUGGAAGCUUGCUUCAGGGCUCUGGUAUUUUCUAUAUACCAGGGAGCUAGUUUCUUGUGACAAAUGUUUUUUAUUUUUAGGGGUGCGACUGCAUAUAGGGUAUUACGCAAGUUUAAAUUUAAAUCCUUGGUUGGGGUCUGAGCAGAUUAUUUGUUGCGAUUGCAAACGUAAUAAGAUGGUGGUCUGAUAGUUCAGGAUUAUGAGGAAAAACUUUUAGAGCCACAAUAUUUAUUCCACGGGACAAAACUAGAUCCAGGGUAUGACUGUGGCAUUGAGUAUGUCCGGAGACAUGUUGGACAAAACCCACUGAGUCGACGAUGGCUCCGAAAGCCUUUUGGAGUGGGUCUGUGGACUUUUUCAUGUGAAUAUUAGUCACCAAAAUUUAGAAUAUUAUCUGCCAUGACUACAAGGUCCAAUUAGGAAUUCAGGGAACUCAGUGGGGAGCUCUGUAUACGGCCCAGGAGGCCUGUAAACAGUAGCUAUAAAAAGUGAUUGAGUAGGCUGCAUAGAUUUCAUGACUAGAAGCUCAAAAGACGAAAACGCAGUCAUCUUUGGGGGGGUAAAUUGACAUUUGCUAUCGUAAUUGUUAGCAACACCUCCGCCUUUGCAGGAUGCGCGGGGGAUAUGGUCACUAGUGUAACCAGGAGGAGAGGCCUCAUUUAACACAGUAAAUUCAUCAGGCUUAAGCUAUGUUUCAGUCAGGCCAAUCACAUCAAGAUUAUGAUCAGUGAUUAGUUCAUUGACCAUAACUGGCUUGGAAGUGAGGGAUCUAACAUUAAGUAGCCCUAUUCUGAGAUGUGAGAUAUCACAAUCUCUUUCAAUAAUGGCAGGACUGGAGGAGGUCUUUAUUCCAGUUUGAUUGCUAAGGCGAACACCGCCAUGUUUAGUUUUGCUCAACCUAGAUCGAGGCACAGACACGGUCCAAUGGGGAUAGCUGAGCUGACUACACUGACUGUGCUAGUGGCAGACUCCACUAAGCUGGCAGGCUGGCUAUCUCAUUGAGGAGAAAGAGCCCUGUCUAUGUUGGUAGAUAAGAUGAGAGCACCCCCAAGCUAGGAUGGAGUCCACUACUCCUCAUCAGGCCAGGCUUGGUCCUGUUUGUGGGCGAGUCCCAGAAAGAGGGCCAAUUAUCUACAAAUUCUAUAUUUUGGGAGGGGCAGAAAACAGUUUUCAACCAGCGAUUGAGUUGUGAGACUGCUGUAGAGCUCAUCACUCCCCCUAACUGGGAGGGAGCCAGAGACAAUUACUCGAUGCCGACACAUCUUUCUAGCUAAUUUAUACGCUGAAGCUAUGUUGCUCUUGGUGACCUCUGACUGUUUCAUCCUAACAUCGUUCGUGCAGACGUGGAUAACAAUAUCCCUAUGCUCUCUACACUUGCCAGUUUUUGCCUUAACCCGCACCAUCUUCAGAUUAGCCUUUACAUUGGUAGCCAUGCCCCCUGGUAAACAGUGUAUGAUCAUUGGAUGAUUAUUUUUAAGUCUAAUAUUGCGGGUAAUGGAGUCGCCAAUGACUAGGGUUUUCAAUUUGUCAGAACUAAUGGUGGGAGGCUUCGGUGGCUCAGACCCCGUAAUGGUUGGAGGAGAGACCUGAGAAGGCUUGGCCUCCGACUCGUUGCUUAAUGGGGAGAACCGGUUAAAAGUUUCUGUCGGCUGAAUGAGCGACACCGGUUGAGCAUGCCGACAGCAUUUCUUUCCAGAAGCCUUGAGAAAAUUGUCCGUCUGCGGGGACUGUGAGGGGAUUUAAACUACUAUCUGUACUUACUGGUGGCACAGACGCUGUUUCAUCCUUUCCUACACUUACAUUGCCCUUGCCUAACGAUUGCAUCUGAAAUUAGAUGGCAUAGUGUUAAUGUUACUACUUAGCUUCGGCUGGUACAGGUCCUGCAGGACCAUGUCCAGGUAAAGCGUCCGGGGUGAAAAAGUUGAAUGAAAAAAGUUGAGUGAGGAAAACUAAAAAAUAGCUAAGACGUUGGUUAAAUGAAGAUUGAUUAAACGGUUAUUAAAAAAGUAAAAACCGUAAAGUUAUGCUUUUCCACCAUUGAUCCAACCUUCACUAACUGCUCUACACUCAUAACUGUUCCUCUGAGGCAGACCGCCACCCGAGGGUUACAGUUGUUGAGGAUUUUUCUCACCAGUUCUGGUUCUGUGAUGUUAGGCUUCCACUUCAGACAAAGUGCCCGGAAAUCAUAAGCAAAGUCCCUCAAAGACUGAGUUGGAAGUUGAACCAUAUCUCUUAGUUUCUUCUCUACCUCUGUUAAGUAGUCAGUUUGUUGAAAUGCUGUUUGGAACGCCUCUUUGAACUUCACCCAGGUGGUGAUUUUCUUCUUUUCGGCCAUCCACCAGCUCCUGGCUGGUCCUUUUGAGAACAUUAGAUAGGGUGACAUAGGUCUCACGGAUAGAAAAUUGUCACAUUUCUCCUCAAGAUGCAUUCAACCACCUGUUGUUUCAGUUGCUUUAUGGAAUCCUUUGUGGUUCUCCAUUUCCUCCAUUUUUGCAUUGACAUAGCCUCUUAGGCUUUCCUCUCUCUUUAUGGCACUCACCAAUGAUUUCUUAAAAUCAUCCUCAAGACCAUUAACUGUGGUUAGUAAUUUAUGAAGAUUAUUGCUGACCAACUAAAAUUUCCUCCCUCACAGUAGGCUGAUUGGGUGGCUCCUCACUCUGGUCAUCCCCGCUUUCCCCCUCCUCUUCAUGGUCUGAGAUGUACAAUGAGCUGAUCAAUGAAGUUAUUUCCCCCACAGGAUUUCUCAUUGUGACGAAUGGACCAAAGAUAGGGGUCAUUUGGAUAGGGACACCCGAGUGCUGUUGGUUCAUGUCCUCCGGCUCAGAGCCUAGCCGUAGUUCAUGAAAGGGACCACUUGGCAGAAGGGUUUGCAUCUCCACCUGAGACAUUUUCUCGAUUUGUGCACUGUUAGAUAUGUGGCAGUGUCACAAAUGUAUUUCUGGUAACUGACCUGUUUGUGUUCCUGUAGAACGGGGACGUGUGUAUCUCCAUCCUGCACCCCCCAGUGGACGACCCCCAGAGUGGAGAGCUGCCCUCUGAGAGGUGGAACCCUACACAGAAUGUCAGGUACUCUAUGCACAACACCUCUGUCUCUCCCUCACACAAUGAUAAUUAUCUCACUCCACCUCUUCUCCCCAUCUUUGAUAUAAGGUUGACUAUUAAAUGUGGAAUUUAUCAAACGCAAAACAAAUUAUGUAAUAUAUUUUCACUUGAUUCACGAACUUUUUACACACAUUUCAUCUUACUUUCCAUUGUCUUCAUUUUUUUAUUUUUUUCUCUUCUUCUCUCACACUCACUCACUCUCACACAGCAGGAUAUAUCAUCACUACAUUGGGUCUCCUCGGCGGCGCAGCAACUACAGUAAAUAAAGAUUGCCUCGCAUGUCUUUGCCCAGAGAGCAAUGUUAUAGUGGUCUCGAGUCCGGUCUUGAGACCACAUAUUGAGGGUUUCGGUGUCGGAUACGUUUGUACUCGGUCUUGACUCCGUGUCGGACAGUGAGGACUCAUAAUUUCUUCCCAAGACCAGCCGAGAGCGGAGUAAAAAACUCAUAAUUAUCAGCUUCCAUUCAGUCAGCGCAUAAAACCGCUUCACCAGGCCAAAUAUAUACACUCCUUUCUUGAAACAUUAAUACAGUAUCUUAGCAGCCUUUAUAUCUAUUAUAUACAUAUUUGCACAGUGGCAAACCUAUAGGCAUUCCGUGUGUGACAGGUUCGUUAUUCUGAAAGGACAGCAACCGUAAUACUAGCGCACUCAUGUAGGAGAGUGCAAUUUUUGUAAAACACAAAGGGCCAGUGGUGUAGUGGAGGGUAUAAGCUAUAUACCCACUUUUUUUUUCCAGUGGGCAUUGCUUAUACUCACUUCUUAAUCCCUACUGAUGCGUAUCAAAGUAGUUUAGUGGAGGUAUACAAUUGAUCAAUUACAGUGCAUUUGGAAAGUAUCCAGACGCCUUUACUUUUUCCACAUUUUGUUACAUUACAGCCUUAUUCUAAAAUGGAUUCAAUUGUUUUUUUCCCUCAUCAAUCUACACACAAUACCCCAUAAUGACAAAGCGAAAAUAGGUUUUUAUACAUUUUUGCACAUUUAUUACAAAUAAACAGAAAUACUUACGUAAGUAACCCUUUGCUAUGAGACUUGAAAUUGAGCUCAGGUGCAUUCUGUUUCCAUUGAUCACCCUUGAGAUGUUUCUACAACCUGAUUGGAGUCCACCUGUGGUAAAUUCAAAUGAUUGGACAUGAUUUUGGAAAGGCACACACCUGUCUAUAGAAGGUCCCCACAGUUGACAGUGCAUGUCAGAGCAAAAACCAAGCCAUGAGGUCGAAGGAAUUGUCUGUAGAGCUCUGAGACAGGAUUGUGUCUAGGCACAGAUCUGGGGAAAGGUACCAAAAUAUUUCUGCAGCAUUGAAGGUCCCUAAGAAAACAAUGGCAAUCAUCAUUCUUAAAUGGAAGUUUGGAACCACCAAGACUCUUCCUAGAGCUGGCUACCUGGCCAAACUGAGCAAUCGGGGGAGAAGGGCCUUUGUCAGGGAGGUGACCAAGAACCCGAUGGUCACUCUGACAGAGCUCCAGAGUUCCUCUGUGGAGAUGGGAGAACCUUCCAGAAGGACAACCAUCUCUGCAGCACUCCACCAAUCAGGCCUUUAUGGUAGAGUGGCCAGACGGAAGCCACUCCUCAGUAAAAGGCACAUGACACCUGCUUGGAAUUUGCCAAAAGGCAUCUAAAGGACUUUCAAACCAUGUGAAACAAAAUUUGGUCUGAUGAUACCAAGAUUGAACUCUUUGGCCUGAAUGCCAAGCGUCACUUCUGGAGGAAACCUGGCACCAUCAGUACGGUGAAGCAUGGUGGUGGCAGCAUCAUCCUGUGGAGAUGUUUUUCAGUGGCAGGGACUGGUAGAGUAGUCAGGAUCGAGGGAAAGAUGAACGGAGCAAAGUACAGAGAGAUUCUUGAUUAAAACCUGCUCCAGAGUGCUCAGGACCUCAGACUGGGGCGAGGGUUCACCUUCCAACAGGACGCAGGAGUGGCUUUGGGACCAGUCUCUGAAUGUCCUUGAGUGGCCCAGCCAGAUCUCGGUCUUGAACCCGAUCGAACAUCUCUGGAGAGACCUGAAAAUAGCUGUGCAGUGACACUCCCCAUCUAACCUGACAUAGCUUGAGAGGAUCUGCAGAGAAGAAUGGGAGAAACUACCCAAGUAUUGGUGUGCCAAGCUUGUAGCGUCAUACCCAAGAAGACUCGAGGCUGUAAUCGCUGCCAAAGGUGCUUCAACAAAGUACUGAGUAAAGGGUCUGAAUACUUAUGUAAAUUUAAUAUUUCAGUUGUAAUUUUUUUAUAAACAUGCAAAAGUUUCUACAAACCUGUUUUUGCUUUGUCAUGAUUGGGUAUUGUGUGUAGAUUUAUGAGGGGGGGGGGAAACAAUUUCAUCCAUUUUAAGGCUGUAACAUAACAAAAUGUGGAAAAAUUAAAGGGGUCUGAAUACUUUCCGAAUGCACUGCAUGUAGUACAAUAGAGAAAUGAUGCACAAAGUAGCCUACAAAAUCGCAAAGGAGGUGAAUUAUAUUCACAUCCGCGCCGCACACACAGACUAGUUUCAGCUGAAUAUAAUCUGCAGGCAGCAGGAGUGUGCAGCGCUCUACUGGUUUUGGCAUGGAGCAGCUCACAGAAGAAUGACAUCGGUAGGGUAGGAAAGACGUUUCAACUUAUGAUAUCUACCAGUAAAUGCUAACUAAGGCAACAAUGGGUAUGCAAACCAGGUAUUUAAAAAGUUUAGUCCGAAGUGUUGGUUAGUAGGCUAUUUAUAAUGCGCAAUUGUUAUCUUGAGCUGUUUGCAUCAGGGGCGUAGACAUGGAUGGGCCUAGGUGGACUGACUCCAAUUGAUGUGGUUUAAGCAUUGUUGUGGACUUAGACCAUCACAUUCUUUUCGUUUUUCUAUUUUUAAAAAAGUGUGAUUUUGAGAGUGAAAAUCUGAAGAAAAAAAAUAAUAACUCAUAAAACAAACAUAGGAAAACAGGAUUUUUAUCACACAGGGUGCCUUUCCUUCGCUGGGCGGGCCGUUUGGGAGCUUUUUGGCAAAAUGUGAGUAUACCCACUUCUCCAGGCACCACUACACCACUGCAUAGGGUCGAUGGAAAGACAACAGUCACACACAGCAUGAUGUUCAAGGAUAAGCAGUCCAUAAACUCAGACAUAAUAAGCCAGUAGGUCCCAAUCAUAAGAAUACAAAAACACAACCAUUAAGCAUUUCCCAAUUGAAAUGUACAACUAUUACUUCCCAUUACAAAACAACAUUUCACGUUUAGCACACAAAGUAACCGGUGACCUAAAGUUUAAAGUGGAACUGACAGCGUUUUAACUACUUUGCAGAUAUGAAACAAACAGACAAUCAUAUCAGUCAAAAAGAUCUAAUUCCCAGUUUGUUACAAAACCAACUUUAUAAUAAGUUUUAAAAAUAGGUUAUAUUUGACUCAACGUUCCAUGACAUACAGUGGGGGGGGGGGAAAAGUAUUUAGUCAGCCACCAAUUGUGCAAGUUUUCCCACUUAAAAAGAUGAGAGAGGCCUGUAAUUUUUAUCAUAGGUACACGUCAACUAUGACAGACAAAUUUAGGGAAAAAAAUCCAGAAAAUCACAUUGUAGGAUUUUUAAUGAAUUUAUUUGCAAAUUAUCUUGGAAAAUAAGUAUUUGGUCACCUACAAACAAGCAAGAUUUCUGGCUCUCACAGACCUGUAACUUCUUCUUUAAGAGGCUCCUCUGUCCUCCACUCGUUACCUGUAUUAAUGGCACCUGUUUGAACUUGUUAUCAGUAUAAAAGACACCUGUCCACAACCUCAAACAGUCACACUCCAAACUCCACUAUGGCCAAGACCAAAGAGCUGUCAAAGGACACCAGAAACAAAAUUGUAGACCUGCACCAGGCUGGGAAGACUGAAUCUGCAAUAGGUAAGCAGCUUGGUUUGAAGAAAUCAACUGUGGGAACAAUUAUUAGGAAAUGGAAGACAUACAAGACCACUGAUAAUCUCCCUCGAUCUGGGGCUCCACGCAAGAUCUCACCCCGUGGGGUCAAAAUGAUCACAAGAACGGUGAGCAAAAAUCCCAGAACCACACGGGGGGACCUAGUGAAUGACCUGCAGAGAGCUGGGACCAAAGUAACAAAGCCUACCAUCAGUAACACACUACGCCGCCAGGGACUCAAAUCCUGCAGUGCCAGAUGUGUCCCCCUGCUUAAGCCAGUACAUGUCCAGGCCCGUCUGAAGUUUGCUAGAGUGCAUUUGGAUGAUCCAGAAGAGGAUUGGGAGAAUGUCAUAUGGUCAGAUGAAACCAAAAUAGAACUUUUUGGUAAAACUCAACUCGUCGUGUUUGGAGGACAAAGAAUGCUGAGUUGCAUCCAAAGAACACCAUACCUACUGUGAAGCAUGGGGGUGGAAACAUCAUGCUUUGGGGCUGUUUUUCUGCAAAGGGACCAGGUCGACUGAUCCGUGCAAAGGAAAGAAUGAAUGGGGCCAUGUAUCGUGAGAUUUUGAGUGAAAACCUCCUUCCAUCAGCAAGGGCAUUGAAGAUGAAACGUGGCUGGGUCUUUCAGCAUGACAAUGAUCCCAAACACACCGCCCGGGCAACGAAGGAGUGGCUUCGUAAGAAGCAUUUCAAGGUCCUGGAGUGGCCUAGCCAGUCUCCAGAUCUCAACCCCAUAGAAAAUCUUUGGAGGGAGUUGAAAGACCGUGUUGCCCAGCGACAGCCCCAAAACAUCACUGCUCUAGAGGAGAUCUGCAUGGAGGAAUGGGCCAAAAUACCAGCAACAGUGUGUGAAAACCUUGUGAAGACUUACAGAAAACGUUUGACCUGUGUCAUUGCCAACAAAGGGUAUAUAACAAAGUAUUGAGAAACUUUUGUUAUUGACCAAAUACUUAUUUUCCACCAUAAUUUGCUAAUAAAUUCAUUAAAAAUCCUACAAUGUGAUUUUCUGGAUUUCUUUUUCUCAUUUUGUCUGUCAUAGUUGACGUGUACCUAUGAUGAAAAUUACAGGCCUCUCUCAUCUUUUUAAGUGGGAGAACUUGCACAAUUGGUGGCUGACUAAAUACUUUUUUCCCCCACUGUAGCUGCUAGGGAAUGUCAUGUCCAUUGCAGGAGUGGGUGAGUGACUGACUUUCUCCCCUCAUAUCGUUUUUUGGUGGCUAUACACAGCUAGAGAUGCAGGUGUCAUUUGGUUAGCUAGCAAGAACUUGGACGACUGUUAUCUAGUUAGCCAGAGUGAAUUUGUGAAUGCAAGAAAUAUGCUAUCUACUCAGAUUCCAGAGCACUCUCGUCUGAGUGUGCAAGAGCGCAGAACAACUGAUGAAUUUACAAACGCGUAACACCUGCUGAAUAUUACCGGUGUCAGUAAACGUAGACAAAAUAGUAAUAGUUAGUCAAGAACAGUCUAGAUAACAUGUAAACAGCCUAACCAGCUCUGCUAUUGCGAGUAAAAGUGUCAGAGUGAGGUGUUCUCUCAUUUGUGUCUGUAAGUAAGUAGGUAGCUAGCUAGCAAGCAAGCUAGCCAACUUUAGCCAGUUAGCUUAGGUGCUUGGUUGGGAUAAGCAUGCAUUGGCAGGCAAGCUGCAGAAGGACGAGGAGGCUACAAUUCCCCAUCGUCAGAGCAAUUUUGACGGCAAACUAGCUGAAAAGGUUUUAGAGGGUUUAUCUAAUGUUCCUUUGUUAGAUUUUAGCUCAUCUUGCUCUGGCUAGCAUUAGUUGUGAUCUUAUUGUUGUUGAUGUGCAUAACUGAGGGAGAGAGAGCCUACCUUUUCAUGGUUGUUUGCUCAAUAGGACUGUAAAGUUCCCAAAUUUAAGAGGACUCCCGUGGUGUUUACAUAUUUGCAGAAAUCCAUUCAGGUGUCUUUUGUGGCUUAUGGCAAAUGUGUUCUAAUUAUGUAAAGUCACGCGGUUGCAACUGCAUGUAAACACACAGUCCAGUUCAAAGUGAAUGAUGGCAGGCCCGUGUGGCAAAUGGCUUGUUUGUAUAAAGGCCUACUGUAGCUCUGAUUGGCUAUAGCGCACCGGUUGACUCUGGUCCUGGACAAGACAUAUGUUUUUAUUCGGUUUUAUUUACUGCAGUGUCUAUUAAUUGUCCAAACGAACGGCCGCUUUCCCACUCUAUAUUGCUGUAGAAUUUUCACAAAUGCCUUAGUAUAUGUAAUUCCCUAACAUUCUAAGAAUUUAUGAAAACGUGAAAAUUACCAUAUCUAAGCGGUCGCUUGUCAGAAAAUGUUUUUAAGUGUAAUUCUUCCUGGGGGUGUAUAUGAACAGAUUUUAAUAAGAUGUCAUGUUGCUAAAAUGCUGUCAGUUCCACUUUAAAUGCGACAAUGUGUCACACACAAGUUAUUUUCAAAGAGAUGGCUAACAACAGCAAGCGCGCUGCAAUAAAAAACACAGUUCCACUCACCAGAUGAUGAUAAUUUGAAACGUAACUUCUUGUUGAAAGUUAUUCUUGAAAAGGGAGAAGCUAACAAAUUAGCAACAACAUCCUCUUUGAUAACACCUGCUGCAGCCGCUGCAAACUAGCCAACAACAAAAGCUAGCUAGCUAGACCGUGGGAAAACUACUGCUCGCUAUUGCGCAGUGACCUGUUGGCUUUCAAGAAGGCAGAAGUUUCCAUACGUUUUUGUAAAAACAGUCCCACCCAUUAAGUCAAAAUGUGAGUGGUUGAUUCCACUGUCAUUCAAAAAUUUUGCACUAAUACAGUUGAAUGACAGAUGCCUUUAUCUAGUGUCUGAUGGCUUAGCCAAUGGCUGACUUAGCCAGCUAGAUUUAUCUCCCCAUAGACAGCAAAGAAAAUUCCUGAUUGAAUUUUUUUUUUCUCUUCCGUGUUAACCCUUUCUUUUCCAACAAAAACUGACGAGAUUAAAUCAGAACAUCAUUGAAAAUAAUAAUAUAAUUAUUAUUAUGUUAUUAUAAUCAUUAUUUUAUAAAUCCUUAGCCCUUCUCUGAAGGUGUAGAAGGCCCAUUGUUCCCCACUGUGUUUGGGUUAGUAAUAAUUUGUAGAGUGGCUCUAUUUUCCCUCAGCAUGGAUUAUUUCACUAUUUUCAAUGUCUAAAGAAUGUAUAUGUUGUUCUGAAAUAUGAAUACAGAAAUACUGGACAUUUUGAACUCUUAUGGUGGUGAUUUUACAAAAUUACAAUCAUGGUCUUGAAUUGGACUCGCAUUUUUCUGGUCUUGAAUCCAUCUCACAACACUGCCAGAGUGAAAGAGUCCACGGGUGUGAAAAAGUUGGUUAUGAAUAGAUGGUAUACAGCUACGGAUGGAAGUGACACAGAAAUCAACAUUUUCUCGGCAUGCGGUUUUGUGCUUUUCGUAGCUAGAGAGUUAGGUUUGUUAGCUAGCUAGUCCCUAGGCGAUGACAGUAAAUGUACUUUGAACUAACUUUUACCCAUUCAUCUGUGAAGACAGCUAACUAGUGUUCAUAUGGAUGUCACCGUGACAUGUCAAUUAACUAAUGUUACUGCCCUCAGUUAGCGCGACGACAAGGCAAGCCGGUGUGAAUGCUUUCCACUUGGCAGCUGUAUUACGGUGUUGCCGGCGGUAGCUUGUAACGUGGCCAAUUUUUUUCCCUCCCAGGAUUAUAUUUCAAGUAGGAUGGCAGCCUACACGAGAAAUAACUAAUAUUUGUAACCACAGUGAUACAGUCUACUCAAUGGGGAGAGCAUGAAUGGCAACAAGUGGUGCGCGGGAAAGCUGUUGGUUCACCCGCAUCCGCCCGCAAUUGCUAAUAACCCAUCCGCAACCGCCUGACUAUACAGUGGGGGAAAAAAGUAUUUAGUCAGCCAACAAUUGUGCAAGUUCUCCCACUUAAAAAGAUGAGAGGCCUGUCAUUUUCAUCAUAGGUACACGUCAACUAUGACAGACAAAUUGAGGAAAAAAAUCCAGAAAAUCACAUUGUAGGAUUUUUAAUGAAUUUAUUUGCAAAUUAUGGUGGAAAAUAAGUAUUUGGUCACCUACAAACAAGCAAGAUUUCUGGCUCUCACAGACCUGUAACUUCUUCUUUAAGAGGCUCCUCUGUCCUCCACUCGUUAUCUGUAUUAAUGGCACCUGUUUGAACUUGUUAUCAGUAUAAAAGACACCUGUCCACAACCUCAAACAGUCACACUCCAAACUCCACUAUGGCCAAGACCAAAGAGCUGUCAAAGGACACCAGAAACAAAAUUGUAGACCUGCACCAGGCUGGGAAGACUGAAUCUGCAAUAGGUAAGCAGCUUGGUUUGAAGAAAUCAACUGUGGGAGCAAUUAUUAGGAAAUGGAAGACAUACAAGACCACUGAUAAUCUCCCUCGAUCUGGGGCUCCACGCAAGAUCUCACCCCGUGGGGUCAAAAUGAUCACAAGAACGGUGAGCAAAAAUCCCAGAACCACACGGGGGCACCUAGUGAAUGACCUGCAGAGAUCUGGGACCAAAGUAACAAAGCCUACCAUCAGUAACACACUACGCCGCCAGGGACUCAAAUCCUGCAGUGCGAGACGUUUCCCCCUGCUUAAGCCAGUACAUGUCCAGGCCCGUCUGAAGUUUGCUAGAGUGCAUUUGGAUGAUCCAGAAGAGGAUUGGGAGAAUGUCAUAUGAAACCAAAAUAUAACUUUUUGGUAAAAACUCAACUCGUCGUGUUUGGAGGACAAAGAAUGCUGAGUUGCAUCCAAAGAACACCAUACCUACUGUGAAGCAUGGGGGUGGAAACAUCAUGCUUUGGGGCUGUUUUUCUGCAAAGGGACCAGGACGACUGAUCCGUGUGAAGGAAAGAAUGAAUGGGGCCAUGUAUCGUGAGAUUUUGAGUGAAAACCUCCUUCCAUCAGCAAGGGCAUUGAAGAUGAAACGUGGCUGGGUCUUUCAGCAUGACAAUGAUCCCAAACACACCGCCCGGGCAACGAAGGAGUGGCUUCGUAAGAAGCAUUUCAAGGUCCUGGAGUGGCCUAGCCAGUCUCCAGAUCUCAACCCCAUAGAAAAUCUUUGGAGGGAGUUGAAAGUCCGUGUUGCCCAGCGACAGCCCCAAAACAUCACUGCUCUAGAGGAGAUCUGCAUGGAGGAAUGGGCCAAAAUACCAGCAACAGUGUGUGAAAACCUUGUGAAGACUUACAGAAAACGUUUGACCUGUGUCAUUGCCAACAAAGGGUAUAUAACAAAGUAUUGAGAAACUUUUGUUAUUGACCAAAUACUUAUUUUCCACCAUAAUUUGCAAAUAAAUUCAUUAAAAAUCCUACAAUGUGAUUUUCUGGAAUUUUUUUCCUCAUUUUGUCUGUCAUAGUUGACGUGUACCUAUGAUGAAAAUUACAGGCCUCUCUCAUCUUUUUAAGUGGGAGAACUUGCACAAUUGGUGGCUGACUAAAUACUUUUUUUCCCCACUGUAUGUGAUAAAGUGAAAAUCUGACGCCCGCACCCAACCCUAACCCGCUAAUAUAGAAAAUGCACUGUAGACUACAGUCAGAGACGGCGUAAAGAUUUUGACAGGGGGUGCAGGAUUUUUUUGGGCAUAAUUUUAGAUAUGUUUCUGCUUAUAGUUUCUGACAUUUUGGUAGGCUAUUUGUUAGUCAACUUGUCUAUAAUUAGAUACAUGCAGCUUCUCUUCUGUCAUUAAAUGUUGCACUAGAAGACUCAAUAAACCCUUGCUCAACAGAAUGUCAUAAAUCGAUAGAAUGAAUGCUUCAAUCUAGUUGACAUCUGUAAAGUUUUCUGUUAUCUCUUCUUCCUUCACGGAGCAAAGACAUUUAGGGACUGUGGAGAAAUUGCAAUAAAAAAAAUUUUUAAUGGGAAAGUUUCAAAUUACAUCAGUUUGACCGGUUGUAAGGAAAUCGAAAGCUGUGAAAACGAACCAACAUGUUUCAAAUAAGAUUUCAGGUCGGCUUGGAUGCAUAUUUUAUGUGGUUGAUCAUUUAUGAUACUGAUAAAGAUGGCACCUGUAAAGACGGUAUCUCAUGUGCAUUCUCUCAAGAUGCUGAAAUAAAUAAAUAAAUAAAUAAUAUUCAAAUUUUUGCCUACAUUUGGUGUAUCAUUUUACUGCAAGAAAUGCUUAAUUCUGCAGGAGUUAAUAUUAAGGCUAUGUGAGAGGUUAUAGACCUACAGUCAGUGUCCAGAUUGCAGUUUCCAUUUAACCCAUCUGAACACAGGCAGGACACCCUUGAUACAAGUCAGUAUUCAACAUCCUGAACAGUAGGCUACAGUUCCCUUUAUGUGCCAUAAGCCUAUUUGAAGUCCCAAUCUUGUGACUGUCGAAUUUGUAAAGAUCCUCACAAUCAUCAACCUCUUUUAACAGUUUACUUUUCUGGCCUUCCCUUCUCUUUAUUUUAAACUCUCCAUUUCACAGCCUUUUUUUCUUAUUGAAUUAAACUUAUUAACACCACAGAUACAUUGUCCUUUUUGGCUCCGUGGAUUACGUAAACUUUUUCUGCCCGUUCCUAAAAGCGAUUGGCAUGUAGGCUAUUUGGCGCUCGUAGGCUACAGUUAGGCCCUAAAGCUUAGGCUUAUAGCCUAAAAGAAUGAAAGAAAAACCUAAAUGUUACCUAUUUUUUUAAGGUAUUGUUUUCUCUUUAUUCAACCCACCCGCCGCCCGCCAUCCACCCGCUCGCCGACAGCUUGCCACCCACCCGCUCGCCACCAACCCGCUCGCCACUCACCCGCAAUAUAAGGGGGUGACCGUCACAGCAAGCACACUCAUGCAACGCAUACAAGCAACAUUACACUCAUCAUUAGUACUUUCAUCAAAAAUAAACAAUUGUCAGUUUUAUUAACUUAAACUGUACAAUUAUUUCCCUUCCUCCUUCACGGUCUCCCUUUCUCUCUCUUUCUCCUUCUCCAUUUCUCCUCUCUCUCCAUAUGUCCCUCAGGACGAUCCUUCUGAGUGUCAUCUCUCUGCUCAACGAGCCUAACACAUCUUCCCCGGCCAACGUGGACGCCUCCGUCAUGUACCGAAAGUGGAGGGACAGCAAGGGCAAAGACAGAGAGUUCGCAGAGAUCAUCAGGUGGGCACACACACAAUCACACACACACACACACAGAAUGUGGCCAGGCACAGAGGGCAACGAGAUCAUCAGGUAGGCGGACACAUAUCAAGGGUGAGAACAGAGAGUACAUUCAAACCAUCAGGUACACCCUGUACCACUUCCACAGCUAACCCUAUAUGUCUCUUCGCUGUCUCUCUUAACAGGAAACAGGUCCACGCCACCAAAGCGGAUGCUGAGCGGGAUGGUGUGAAGGUGCCAACCACCCUGGCAGAGUACUGCGUCCGCACCCGCGCCCCACCCCCCGACGAGGGCUCCAACCUCUUCUACGACGAUUACUAUGAAGAUGAGGACCUGGAGGACGAAGACGAGGAAGAUGGCGAGGACUGCUGCUACGACGAAGAUGACUCGGGAACCGAGGAGUCCUGA